CAUGAUCACACAAAGCCAUCCAAUCAGAGUUCAUUCUCCAUCUCGUCUGUUCGUCCGAACUCCCAGAAGACUUGCACUGCGGGUCAGUUCUACAACGCUUGCUGGGUUGUAAAUUUGCUAUUGGUGGGAUGCUGGUCAGAAUGAUGUCACAAAGGUGCAGAUAGCUGGCAGUGUAUAAAGAAAAUUCUGAUUUUAUACUCUGAGGCCAGCGUUGCCUGUUCAGAGAGAGCCUGGAGCUGCAAAACAUGGUCUUCACCACCACCACCUCAAGCUCUGCUGGUCGAUCUCCAUUUUCAGGAACGCUGCUGUCGGGCUUCAGUUUCAUGUCAGAAAUCCUGAUCUGCCUUCCAAAAAUAAGCUCCCACCAUGCUGAAGGAAGAAAAACAAGAAGGGCGGUAUUUUUAGGGUCAUUAAUUGGGACCACGUGCCCAGGAGGUGAACCGGAUGGCUAUUGCACAAAGGUGGCUCAUCACUAUGUGCUACGAGGCCAGCACUCACUGGAAGUUGUCUGUGAUUGUUCUCUUGGGGUUUGUAAUGGGGAUUGUGUCAUCAUACCCAAUUCCAAGCAGGACUAACGACGCAUUGUUGGAGAGGAGAUGGGAAGCUAUGUUUUCCCGGUCUAUUCUUGGGAUCUCAGGGGAGAACUCAAAACUGAACUGGGAGAAUGACUAUUUACUGGGGAUUAAGAGAGUGCGGAGGCUUUACUGCAAUGUGGGCAUCGGGUUUCACCUGCAGGUCCUCCCAGAUGGAAGGAUAAACGGAAUCCAUACUGAAAACCAGUACAGUCUAAUAGAAAUCUCAACAGUAGAGCGAGGAGUUGUCAGCUUGUACGGGGUGAAGAGUGAGCUGUUCGUAGCAAUGAAUACUAAAGGACGGUUAUAUGGAACGGUUGUUUUUCAUGAGGAGUGCAAGUUCAGGGAGAUCCUGCUUCCCAACAAUUACAAUGCAUACGAGUCCUCAGCCUACAGAGGCUCCUACAUUGCGCUCAGCAAGCAUGGGAGAGUCAAGAGGGGAAGCAAAGCCUCGCCUUCCAUGACAGUGACACACUUUCUUCCAAGAAUAUGAAGAAAGAAGCCAUCUGCAAUUUGAUUCUCCGUAACUUGCACAUGUUAUAUUCUCCUAGGUAAAACAAAAAAAUAUAUAUUCAUAGUAUUUAUUUUGUCAUUUGAUAUGUAUAUUUGGUUAGUUCCAUUGGUAUUAGACUUUGUAUAUGCCAUAUUUUCCCGCUUAUUGUAUGUUAAUAUUAUUAUCUAAGGGACUUAACAUUGGUCUCUUCACUUUCUAUAUGGGUGCGCACCAUUACUGGUAAAUAGAUUUAACCCUGUCACAAGGAUGACAUAUACCCUUAGCUUUUAGAAGUGCAAUGGAUACUUUUUAUUACCUCAAAUAGUACCCUCCUGACUGACAAGGAUGCAUGAAGAUACGAAGAAUGGAAUGUGCAUUUACAUCUAGUCAUUUAAGAAGACUCAGUUUUCUUCCCAUACCACAGGGAAAUGCCCCGGGCAGAUUCCUUUUGGAAUUCGCUUCAUUGACUGCGCAGAAAAGCGCAUUUUAAUACUGUAGCAGAAAAGCAAAGAAGUGGCCUGAUACAUCAUUUACUUAAUUUUUUAACACUGCAAUACAGUAAACUGGAACAACAGAAUAGCAAAUGACAGGAUAUACAACCCCGUUGUCAAGGAUAUGAAUAACACAUCACAGGUCUCGAGUCCAUGAAAGCAUUGGUCACUGUGAUCCAGCACAUCAUAGCGAAAUCCUAUUCAUGGAUUCAAUAAAACAGUUAAAGUGGUUCCCAAGAUAUACUUUUCAUAGCUCAUACUAUGAGCUACACAUUCGCCUAUGCAAAGUUCCACCAAGACUGGACAAGCACUUCUCAAGAUAUAGCCAUUAAUAAAUGAGAAGCUUAAGAAUCAAUGGGUCUGCAAAUAUUGCAGGGAAUAAUAGCAUGAAAUAAAAACAAACUGCCCCCACAGGGUUAAAUAUACAUGUAUGCAUUACUUUUGUAGCGUAUAAUUACAUGCAAAGGCUGCUCUGUGCUUUACCUGAAAUAGACGUCUUUUUGUUACUGAAAAAAAGACUAUUUUAAUCUAGAAAAGACUUAUGGGACAACAUAUGUACAACAUAUUGUUUUUAUAACCCCAUUUAAUCCAUUUUUAGUACAAGGUUAUGAAAUGUGUUCUUUGGCAGAGCAUUAGCGCUUCUGGUUCCAAAGGUAAGUUUACUAGGUGCUGCAGUGUCUGAAGACUGAAGCCCAUUUCCAGAGUCUGUGCAAGCUUGAGGGCAAACACAUUGCUACCUGUGGCCCUAUUUCAAAGCAAGCGCUAAAGCACAGAUACAUUUUCUCAGAGGAAUACAACAAUUGCAAUGGUAUAAAAACAAAAUCUGCCUUUUACAAGAAGGUGUAGUCAAAUUACAGCUCCUAGUGGUCUAUUGAUGGGUUUAUUUUGGUAAAAUGAUUUAUUGCUUUAAAAUAGGGCCCUGAUGUCUUGACAUUUAAACAUGAGCACCUUAAGCACUUUUAGUAGGAAGCAGUUGAAGCUCCUGCAUGAAUAUGUUUUAUUAAUCAUCAGAUGUUACCUGGAGUGCCUUCUUUAAGCAACUUGGGUACCAAGAGCAAGUAGACAUUGUUUAAGGAAUACGUAUAUAUUGUAAUAUAUCGUACAAUAUAUUGUAAGUCAAUGGACAAAUGGGAUAAACCCAGGAGUAUUAACAGCUGGAUUAUAUAAAAGUAUUACUAGUCCUGUUUAUUUAUACAGUAAUAAUGUUGUAGGUUCAAAGAGAUGGAGUGUGGAAUGAGUUGUAUGGACAAGUGUUGCUAUAGAUUGUUAUAUUAUGAAGACUUUUUUGCUUCUACUAUAUUAACACCACAGAAACAGCAAAAAACAUGUUACAUACGUGAUUAAGCAAAAGAACUACAAUUGGAGGGCAAUAUAAGGUCAGCUACCAAGGUAAUGCCCGAUAAGUGAUUUUUGCUUUUAGAAACAAUGCGUGAUAAAAACUAUAUACAAAUCCAAAGGAUUAAUGGCAUUUUCUCAAAAAACUUGUUGCAAGGUAAUACUGAUAUAGAGUAAAGAGAUAAGGGAACGUGCAGAUUUGUGUAGGUGGUAGAUUUGUGUAUGUUAUGCUGAAUGUGAGAUGUUCUGUACAAUGUAAGAGGCUGAAUGACUGCUAUGUAAAACAGCCAGGUGAUGUUUACAUGAUUUUCCAGAAGAGAGUUUGUUGUCUCAGCCCCCAUUGAACCCUGAGAAUUGGUGAUAUUUUGGCGCUUAAAGUAAAUUUAUCAUCUAACAAAAUAAUAAGUUAUAUAUUACCAUUAUCCAACGUAAGUGAGUUGCUUGUGGGAGUUUGGUUCAGAAUGUUUUGGGGUUCUUUUAGACAAUGACUCUUCCUGAGAACUCAGACCCUCAGAAGCAAGACACAAUGGCUUGUCUUUGAGUACCAGUCACUGCUUUUGCUAUAACUGACGUGUUCAGUGUUAACCGGAAGUGUAGCAUUGAUGUACCUACAAGGAGCAUUGAAUAAUUGUUCUAUGAUUCGCUUGCAGAGAAGAACUGGUGCAUUACCCUGACGAAACCUUAGCAGAACAGUAAGCACACUACAGUAUUACCAGCAAUGGUUUGGAGCUAAUAUUGUCCAUUGGUACCACCAGUAUGUAUUGGGUCUUUCGUUGGUAUGUGAAAAUCUGAACAUGGCAUACCACUGUCACUGCUUGUUUGCUUCCAUUGGCCCUUUGUACAAAACCACUGCAUUGCCAUUAAAGGUCAUGAGCAAACAAUUAUUGAAUUUCCACAAUUCAAUUCCAAAGACUGAAUGAAGUGUUAAAGUUCUAUUGUUAGACCCCUAGGGUUUAUUCCUGAAUAAAUAUCUUGUGCAUGCUAUUGCUUGAAACGAGCAGGGUCGUGCGCAAUCCAAAGCAGCCUUUGUAUACCUCAUUUGUGUGUUAUAUUCCUGCACAGUGAAAGUGUGCGAUUUCAAAUGUCCUUUUUUUUUUUUUGCUAAGAUAUACCUCACCUUCUGCAUUAGUACUGAGUUGUAAUUAUGAUUGUACAUUUGUAGUAAACACAGAAUUAUCCAAUCAGUGGUUUC